AUGAAUAAUUCUGAUCGUGAGCGGAUGUAUGCUAGAGUAUUGGAAGAUGGAUUCAUAAAUCCUAGAUUUAUUAUUGGGGUUGAGGAGUUUGUUGCAUUUGCUAAAAGACAUCCAGAAUGCAUGGAUUGUGAAAAGCUAAGAUGUCCUUGUAACACCGGUUCAGGUUCGGGUUCGUUCCUAAUGGUCAUUCUAUCUCGAAGACCAUCACUGAUACCUUCAUGGAGCGACAAGAUGCUACUGAAAUUUACAACCAGACCUACUUUUAUUAAAGAGCAUAUAUGGGAAAGCUGGCAGGCACACUGGUCAUCGGAAAAGUGGCUUGAAAAAUCUCGUGUCGCCAUUCAAAAUCGGUGUAGCAAGACUGGUGGUCCAGGCACUGGUCCAAGCAAGCAUACCGGUUGUUCUAGGUCUACAGUGGAGCAUACUAUAAAAUUGGCAAUAGAAUUACAUCGUCCAGCAAAUUCAUGGGAUAUAUUUAAGAAGCUGCAUAAAAGAAAGGAUGGGAACUUUGUGGAUACCAAGUCUAAGACUGUUGGUGAUAAAAUGGAAGUUGCGAUGGCUGCUGCUAUUUCGAGCUUAUCCGAUGAUUCACAAGAAGUUCAAAAUGCCGAUAUAAAUCGCCUAUACUUGUAUGUUGUCGGCGGAGAGAAGAAAAGACGUGUGUAUGGAUUGGGCUCUCAAGCUGCGACUUUGUAUCAAGGCUACAAUUCUGCCACUUCACGCCAUUUGCCUGUAGUACCAGAUCCCGCUGCUGAAGAGCGCAUCAAAGUGCUUGAGGAGGAGGUGUUGCGUAUGAGAGAAACACAAGAGAGGAUUCUUCAAGAGCGCGUGGAGGCAGAGGUGCAACAACGCGUAGACCAAGAGGUCUCGCGUUUGAAUCAACAGAAGGAUGAUCGAUUUCGGUCUAUGGAGGAGCGAUGGAUGCGCAGGAUGAGCGAGAUGGCAUUAUCAUCUCACCCAUCUGGUGUUCCUACUCCCUUUAACAGGGACUAACCAAAUGCUUUAGUAUUUAACAUUGUUAGACUUUAGCUACUUGGAUACUCUCUAAGUGCUAUUUUAACGU